AUGUUAUGCUUAUUGCUUAUACUUCCUAUAAUAAGUGUAACUAGUCGUUCAUGUAAUAUUAAUGAUCAUUCAUCUUCAAACGCGAUAACAGAUCGUAUUAUUGAAUUAGUUACUCAUGGUGCAUUUCGUGGUGUAACUUAUAAUCGAUUAGCUGCAUUAGCUGAUACAAUAGGUCCGCGUUUAUGUGGAAAUGAAUCAUUAACUAAAGCUAUUGAUUGGGUACAAAAUGCUAUGAUUAAUGAAGGUCUUGAUAAUGUUCACAUCGAAGAAGUUCAAAUACCUCAUUGGGUACGAGGUGAAGAACAUGCUCGAUUACUUCAACCUCGUAAUACAAAAUUAUCAAUGCUUGGUUUAGGUAAUUCAAUUGGUACGGGAGCAAAAGGUAUUCAAGCAUCUGUACUUGUUGUUCGAUCAUUUGAUGAAUUAAAUGUAAGAUGUGAAGAAGCUCGAAAUAAAAUUGUUGUUUUUAAUCCUCAAUGUGAUUGGAAAACCCAACCACUUAGUUGUUAUGGUUCUGUUGUUAGUUAUCGUUUUGCUGGAGCAUCACGUGCUGCUAAAUGUGGAGCAUUAGCUUCUCUUAGUCGAUCAGCUGCAUCACGUUCAAUUGAUUCACCACAUACAGGUGUUAUGGGAUAUGAUCCAGCAUAUCCAAAAAUUCCAGCUGGAUCACUUUCUGUUGAACACGCUGAUAUGCUUGAUCGUUUUCAACAACGGAAUCAAUCUAUGGAAAUAUUUCUCUAUAUGGAAGCACAAACAUUACCUGAUGUUAUUGGUUAUAAUCUUGUAGCUGAAGUACAAGGUUCAACAUUACCUGAUGAAACUGUUCUUGUUAGUGGUCAUUUAGAUAGUUGGGAUGUUGGUCAAGGAGCUAUGGAUGAUGGUGGUGGUGCAAUGAUUUCAUGGACUGUUCUUUCUUUACUUCAUGCAUUAAAUAUUCGAGCUAAACGAACCAUACGUUGCGUUUUAUGGUCAUGUGAAGAAUUUGGUGGUGUUGGUGCUGAUCAAUAUUUUGAUGCUCAUGAAAGUGAAGUACCGAAAAUGAGUAUUGUGAUGGAAUCAGAUCUUGGAGUAUUUCAUCCACAAGGUUUACAAUUUCAAGGCAAACCUGAAGCACAACAAAUUAUCGAAACUAUAUCGAAACAAUUGACAUCAAUCAAUGCAACUCAGGUGGUAUCAGGAGGUGGCGGUGAAGACAUUGAUCCAUGGGUGCAACAUGGAGUUCCUGGUGCAUCACUUCUUAAUGAUAAUUGGGAUUAUUUUGCAUAUCAUCAUUCAAAGGGUGAUACAAUGAACGUACUUAAUUCAACUGAUGUUGAUUUAGCAGCUGCUGUUUGGGCUGUGUAUGCUUUUUCUAUUGCCGAUCUUGAUAAUCUUUUACCGCGAAAAAAUGAUGGUAAAAGUGAAAAACAAACCAGAAUUAGAGCAAAAUUAACUGAUGAUAAUGAUCCAUCAUCACCAUAUAGAGCUGUUGAAGUUCUUGAUCAACUUCAAACUCAACUUGAAAAAAAAGUGCAUACAUUAGCUGUUAUACCUGAUUUAUGUCUUAAACGUUAUGCUGAUAAAGAAACAAUGGGUAUUAGAGAAAUUCUUGAUGUUGAAGAAGAAAAACUACGAAAUGGAAAAAUUUAUAAAAAGUUUAUAUUGGGUGAAUAUAAAUUUACAACAUAUCGAGAAGCUUGUGCUCAUAUUGAUGCGAUUGGUCGUGGACUUUUAUCACUUGAUGCAAAACCAGGUGAUAAAAUUUUAAUUUUUUCUGAAACACGUUCUGAAUGGUUAUUAACUGCAUUUGCUGCUUUUCAACAUGGUUUAACUCUUGUUACACUUUUACCGACAUUGAAUGAGGAAGCUGCUAAACAUGCAAUUAAUGAAUCACAAGUUAAAAUUAUUAUUACUUCGCAAGAUCUUACUUCUAAGCUUGAAAAUAUAUCAAAUCACAUAAAAAAUGUUCGUCAUAUUAUUUAUUUUCCUGCUCUUGCUAAGCCACAAACAACUAAAAUACCAAAAGAUAAAAAUAAUAUUCAAUAUAUUCCACUGGCUAAAUUAGAAGAACAAGGAAAAAAUGCAUAUAUUGAUGAUUACAUUUUGCAACAACGACCUGAGAAACAAGAUAUUGCUGUUAUUAUGUAUACUAGUGGAAGUACUGGAAUACCAAAAGGAGUAUCAAUAACACACGAAAAUAUUGUUGCUGCAAUGACUGGUCAAAAAGAACGUGCUCUUCCAGUAAUUGACGUUGACAAUGAUGUUUAUAUAGCUUAUUUACCGUUAGCUCACAUUCUUGAGCUUUGUUGUGAAAUUUUAAUAUUUUAUAUGGGUAUAAAAUGUGGUUAUUCAUCUCCUCAAACAUUAACUGACCAAUCAACAGCUGUUAAACAUGGUCAAAAAGGAGAUAUGCAAGUUCUUCGACCACAUUUAAUGACUUGUGUACCUACAAUUCUUGAUCGUAUUCAUAAAGCAGUUAAUGAAAAAAUUAAUCAAACAAAUUUUUUUAAACGUCAAUUAUUUUAUUUAGCAUAUGCUAUUAAAGUUAAACGUUUAGAAUCAGGUCUCGAUAGUCCAUAUCUAAAUCGAUUAAUAUUUUCUCAUUUUAAUCAAUCGAUUCUUGGUGGUCGACUUAAAGCAAUGUUAUGUGGUGGUGCUGUUUUAGCUGAAGAUACUCAACGCUUUGUUCAAGCUGCACUUUGUGCUACAGUUUUUCAAGGUUAUGGUCUUACAGAAACAUGUGCUGCUGGAACUAUUGCUGAUCAAUUUGACAUAACAAGUGGUCGUACAGGAUAUCCACUUGUUUCAUGUGAAAUUCGUUUAGUUAAUUGGGAUGAAGGUCAAUUUAAAGUUACUGAUAAACCGAAUCCACGAGGAGAAAUUCUUAUUGGUGGAAAAGUUGUUGCUAAGGAAUAUUUUGGUGAAGCAUCAAAAGAAAAUGUUAAUUUUAAAGAAAUUAAUGGAACGAGAUAUUUUUGUACUGGAGAUAUUGGAGAAAUUUUUCCUGAUGGAACAAUUAAAAUUGUUGAUCGAAAAAAAGAUUUGAUUAAAUUACGUGGAGGAGAAUAUGUAUCUUUAAACAAAGUUGAAACAGCAAUUAAUAAAUUAUCAAUUAUUGAUAAUUGUUGUGUAUGUGCAUCAUCUUCAUCUGAACACACUGUUGCUUUAAUUUGUCCAAAGUCUAAGGAAAUGGCAAGUUUUACAGAAAAAAAUUUUAAUGAAAAAGAUUGGCAAAAAUUAGUUGAUGAUGAAAAAUUUAACGAUGCAAUACUUAAAGAAGUUCAAGAUGCUUGUAAAAAAGGUGGAAUUGAAGGAUUUGAAGUUCCAAAAUGUAUAAAAGUAGUAACCGAUGCUUGGACACCUGAAACUGGUCUUGUUACUGAUGCACUUAAAUUAAAACGAAAAGCAAUUGAACAAAAAUAUAAAGAUGAUAUUGAACAACUUUAUGAAGAUGAACCAAAACAAGGUAAAUCUAAAUCGAAUAAAGAUGAUUCGAAAGAAAAAUCAGAUGACGGUGAUAAAAAAAAUUCGAAAGAAGAAUCAAAUAAUAAAAAUGAUUCAACAGGAAAUCCAACAGAGGUUGAUGAAGGUGUUGUUUCAAAUGAUGAUGACAAUAAAAAAAAUCAAUAA